CCGGACACAGUGCGGCCCGAGCGGAGGCCGCGGCGCCGCCCUCCGGUCCUGAGGAGGCCGCGCCGCCGGACCCCGCCCCGCCUUCCCACCCGCGCCGACGCGCACCGACUGGCCCGGCGCGGCCCGGCCCGGCUGAGCGCAGCAAGCAGGCUCACAGUGACCCCCAUGGUGGGUGGGCUCCUCCGUCGGGAUGAGAGUGUUGAGAGAGAGACUAAACCAGCAGCCCCAGGGAAGCACUAGACCCUCAGAGCACAGGAUCCCCUCCCCAAGGACAUGAAGCUGUUGGAGAACUCGAGCUUCGAGGCCAUCAACUCGCAGCUGACCGUGGAGACUGGAGAUGCCCACAUCAUCGGCAGGAUUGAGAGCUACUCAUGUAAGAUGGCAGGAGACGACAAGCACAUGUUCAAGCAGUUCUGCCAGGAGGGCCAGCCACACGUGUUAGAGGCACUGUCCCCGCCCCAGACCUCGGGCCUCAGCCCCAGCAGGCUGAGCAAGAGCCAAGGUGGUGAGGACGAGGGCCCCCUCAGCGACAAGUGCAGCCGCAAGACCCUCUUCUAUUUGAUCGCCACGCUCAAUGAGUCCUUCCGGCCUGACUAUGACUUCAGCACAGCCCGAAGCCACGAGUUCAGCCGGGAGCCCAGCCUCAGCUGGGUGGUGAAUGCAGUUAACUGCAGUCUGUUUUCGGCUGUGCGAGAGGACUUCAAGGCCCUGAAACCACAACUGUGGAACGCAGUGGAUGAGGAGAUCUGUCUAGCCGAAUGUGACAUUUACAGCUAUAACCCAGACUUGGAUUCAGACCCCUUUGGGGAGGAUGGCAGCCUCUGGUCCUUCAACUACUUCUUCUACAACAAGCGGCUUAAGCGGAUUGUCUUCUUCAGCUGCCGCUCCAUCAGUGGAUCCACCUACACUCCCUCGGAGGCAGGCAAUGAGCUGGACAUGGAGCUGGGAGAGGAGGAGGAGGAAGAGGAAGAGAGCGGAAGUGGAGGCAGUGAGGGCGGACCCGAGGAGACUAGUGCCAUGGAGGAGGACAGGGUCCCGGUGAUCUGUAUGUGAGGAGGAGCAGAGGCCCCAGCUUCACCCAGCUUCAACCAGUGCCUGGACCUGCCCACCUGAGGUGCCCCAGGGCCUCCCCAGCUGUUGGGGAGACCCUGGCGCUGCUGCAGCUACAGCACCGCCCAAGGCCACGCCCACCUAGCCCUCUGGCUCCAGCCUAUCGCCGGUCACUCACCCCACAGGCUCCUGCUGCCGCAACUGUGGUUGGAUUGGACAGUACAGCACAGGGCUUGGUGGGAAUAGCCACUGCCCUGCCCAAACGAACUGACACAGGCAGGGACAGCUGGACCACAGAGUUUAUUUUUGUAUUUUGUACUGGAUCAGGCCUGGGCCUGCACACUCCAGCCUGAAGGGCCCGAGACUCGGCAAGCUGGCCCCAGCGGUCAUCCGUCCUGGGCUUGGGCUGGCCCCUGGCGCCCCCUGUACCCCCCACCUCGCCCGUUGGGCAGCGUGCACUGAGUGUCACUUUGCUGCAGCUCGUUUGUUUCCAAUAAAAGUUUCUGUGACUUA